AAAACCAGCUGUGUUGUAUAGGAAAUUAGACUAAAACGAACCAACCAGAGACUGCCGCCGCCGGAGAAGACCCUACCGAUAGAGAUGGGCGCAGCUGACGCAAUGGGAGCAAGCGAAGAAGUUGCAGUGAGAGAAGAUGAAGGUGAGAAGAGGGAAGAAGAGAAAGAUAAUGGAGAUGUGAAGGAACCAGAAAAAGAAAACAUGGGUUUGCCGGAAAAUUUAGUUCAAGAAUCAUCACCGACGGAAUUUACAACUUCCAAGCUGCGGAAUUUGAAUCCAUCGAACCCUUUGAGAGUUGUUAUUCAAGGUGUUCGACCUGUUCGUGUUCAACCGCCACGUUCUUCACAAGUUCCACCUCCUUCACAAGCUGCACCUCCUUCACAAGCUCCUUCUUCACAACCCCCUCUUUCAACUCCUGGACGAACAUUGCCUAAUCUGAAUUCGAGGAAUUACACGAAUCGAAUAUCUCUGUUUCUGUUUCUCCUUCACAUCGUUGCUGCAAUUGGGUUAGUAGGUUUUCUUGUGUUCAAGGGAGUUCAGGGGCUCUUGGAAAAUGGAAAGACUCAUAGAGCAGAGAAAAGGAUGUUAAAGUAUUGGCUUCCCCAAGCUGAAGGAGCAACAGUUUUAAGCAUCAUUCUUGCCUUCUUGUGGCAGAAAUCAGUCAGAUCAUGGCCUCAAUUCAUGGUUAAUUUCAUAAUCUGGAGCACCUUCGGCUCUUCCCUUGCUGCAGGAUCUGUUCUUCUCGUCUUCCAGAAGCCUUCAACGGACGGAAUUGGUGUGGCCCUUCUUGGCUUUGCAAUCUGUAAUGGACUCUAUGCGUGUUGGGUAACGCAGAGAACCAAGUUCUGUGCAAAAGUCUUCUCCAAAUCACUUGAACCGGCAGCGAAAUUCCCAGAUCUCAGUCGACCCACUUAUUCGAUGCUUGGGAUAUGUUUCAUUUGGAUUUCAGUUUGGGUUUUUGCAAUAAUCGGAGCUCUUAAUUUCUACUUCCCUCCAUUAAUCAUAAUCGCUCUGAUCUUGAGCUUAGCUUGGGUAGCAGAGGUGAUGAGAAAUGUUGCUAAUUUAACUGUUAGUCGAGUUAUAGCUCUCUAUUAUCUCAGAGGAAUGCAAUCAAACACCCAUUUCUGCUUCCAGAGAGCCUUGACAAUGAACCUUGGAAGCGCUUGUCUGGGUUCUUUCUUUGUGCCUGCGAUUGAAGCUUUGAGAAUCGUAGCUCGAGGUCUCAAUUUGCUUGAAGGUGAAGACGAGUUCAUGUUCUCUUGCGCUCAUUGCUGCCUUAAUGUCAUGGAAACCAUCUUCAGUUACGGCAAUGGUUGGGCUUUCGUUCAGAUAGCUGCAUAUGGGAAGGGAUUUGUGAGUGCAUCACAGGACACAUGGGCAUUGUUUAAGAGGCAAGGGAUGGAAGCCAUGGUUGACUCGGAUAUAACCAGUGCGGUUUGUUUCUUGGCCGGAGUUUGCAGUGGCUCCAUCUGCGUCCUUGUCACCGCGUCGUGGUCGUGGGCGGUUUACCGGAGCUUUACGGCCACCGUGUCUCUCCUAGCAUUCUUCAUUGGAUACCUUUUGACUCGGAUUGGAAUGGCGCUACCACACGCAUGUGUUGCCUGUUACUAUGUGUGUUAUGCAGAGCACCCGGAGAGCAGGCUAUUUGAUAAAACAAUUCCUGAGCGGAUCGACUUCAUGGAAUCUAGCAAAGCCUCUCUUGUACCCACCCCUAGGGUCCCUGUUCCCCGCCGAUUCUCAGUUUGAAA